GGUUUUGUAGUUAUGCAGUACGCGUCUGCCAACCAACAAGCACGCAAGAGGUCAAGCUGCAUUUCCAAGCAAUACUACAAAAAUAGUCAGAGAGAGAGAGAGAGAGAGAUUUCUGGCGAAAGAUCAUCAGAUCUGGAUUUAGUUGGAGUAGCUUGGCUUCUACUCCCCAGUGUUUGUGAGAUCUGAUCUAUACUGCUCCUGAAAGAACAAUUCUUUACAAUGCCCACUGGGCAAAAUCUAAUGAAGCUCAAGGGCAACGGCUGUUUCUGAGUGUUCUGUCAGCGUUUCUGAGGUCAGUAAACCCUAGUCCUUGUCUUUUCUGCGUCAUCCAAUUCAGCAGGGCAUGGUGUAGAUUGCCCUCUUUUUCAUAAACCCUAAUCUGUUGAUGCUCUUUAAGAUCUGAUCGACGCUGCCCGCGAUGAAAGAACAGAGCUUAGCAACAGAGCCCAUUGGGCAAAACCUGAUAAAGCUCAUAAGCAACGUCUGCUUCUCGGUGUUCGUAUUUUCUGUUCUCGUUUUCACUGUCAUUGCCAUCACCUAUCAACCCCCUGAUCCCUGGCUUGAAUCCGCCCCUGCUCUGACCAAACUCUUCACCCAAGUUGAAAAUGCCACCUUCAAAACAGACAAUUCUGUGCUCAAGACCGGCGAAGACUUUGGCACAGCCGUGGCUGCCGCAAUUUCACCUGCUGAAGCAGUCCCGAUCACGGAAUCUGCGAUUGAGAAGGAAGAGAGAAUCACCAAUUUGACAUUAAAAUCGGACUGUGAUGACAUUGAAAUCGUGAAUUGUUCUGACCCGCGAGUGUUGAUUGCAAUCAAAAGGUUCAAUUUGAAGCAUUUUAAAUCCAUUGCAUUUUUGGAGUACCAAACAGCUGUCAAUGGAUCAAAGCCAAAUGAGUGUGAUGUUGCGUGGAGGUUUCGAAACAAGAAGGAGAAGUCUUGGAGGAAGUAUAGGGAUUUUAGGAGGUUUGGGAUUGGCAUGGGUGAGAAUUGUACAUAUAAGGUAACGAGUUUGGGGAAUUGGCAUUCAGGUGUCCAUGCUCGGAGGCCGAGGAGUAGAAUUAGUACGGCGAGGGGAGGUGGGAAUGUGAGAACCACUCCAUUGUUGCACGAUGAGGAGAUCAAUGACACGAUCCCUACCGUGAGUUCUGAGAAGGCAUUCAGGAAGGAGAGGUACUUGUAUUAUUCUCGUGGAGGGGAUUACUGUAAGGGAAUGAAUCACUAUCUCUGGAGUUUCUUGUGUGGUCUUGGCGAGGCUCAGUAUUUGAAUAGGACAUUCGUGAUGGAUUUGAGCAUUUGCUUGGCUGCAACUUAUAAUCCUAGUAACAAGGAUGAGGAGGGAAAGGAUUUUCGUUAUUACUUCGAUUUUGAACAUCUUAAGGAGGUGGCAUCGAUAGUGGAGGAAGUUGAAUUUCUUAGGGAUUGGAAGAAAUGGGAUAGGCCUCGUAAGAAGAAGGUCUCAGUUAGGAAGGUUGUGAGUCAUAAGGUUACACCUAUGCAGCUUAAAAAAGAAAAGAGCACGAUUAUUUGGAGGCAGUUUGAUGCUCCUGAGCCGGAGAACUACUGGUUCAGGGUGUGUGAAGGGCAGGCUGAAAAAUACAUUCAGAGGCCCUGGCAUGCUUUAUGGAAGUCUAAGAGGUUGAUGAAUAUAGUUUCUGAAAUUAGCGGUCGGAUGGAUUGGGAUUUUGAUGCUGUUCAUGUGGUUCGAGGUGAGAAAGCACAGAAUAAGGAGCUGUGGCCCCAUUUGGAUGCUGAUACAUCACCCGAUGCCCUCCUUGCAAAGCUUAAAGAGAUGGUUAAACCUUGGAGAAACCUGUAUAUUGCAACUAAUGAACCAUUUUAUAAUUACUUUGACAAAUUGAGGUCUCAAUUCAAGGUCCAUUUGCUAGAUGAUUAUAAGGAGUUGUGGGGAAAUACAAGUGAGUGGUACAAUGAGACAAGGCUUCUGAACAAUGAUCGCCCUGUUGAUUUUGAUGGGUAUAUGAGAGUUGCAGUGGAUACUGAGGUCUUUUUCAGGUCAAAGACACGUGUGGAGACAUUCUAUAACUUAACAAAAGAUUGCAAGGAUGGUAUCAAUACAUGCUGAACAGGUGGGAUGUCUUCUGAGAAGUUUUAUUACAGCUCAUUUUAAUGUAUUUCUUCGUUGAGUUUCAGAAUGGUUGUUCUGAGUUCAUAUUCCAGCUUCUGGUUUUAUUUCUUGUUCUACUGUAUCCAUUGGUCAUGUUAAGUGAUUUUUUUUUCUUUAAUAGAUUUUAUUUCUUGCA